CUUUUCUUUUUUUCAAGAUUCCGGAAGUCACGGCUUAAUUUUUCAGCUCUUAUUUCUUCGAACACAAUGGGGGAUUUAUUAUAUCACCUAGACCUUCAUCCAAAUUGGACCUCGAUGGUGCUUUAACAACCGUGUCGCACGGCAUUAAUUUUGUUUUUACUUCAGAAAUUUCCAGGGUAAAUUGAAUUAGCAGACCUGUUUCACGAUCCGUAAAAGCUCCUGUUUUUCGGUUUUUCCCCCUUCUUUUCUUGUGAAGGUUAUGCCAUUGUCAUGCUCCUUAACAAUCGGAAAGUCUUUAGUAUGCAUCACAAAACACCUCGUCCACAAAAAUAAUACACCGCAUCUUGAAUAGAUGAAUUUAAUCAUGUAGAAAUGGCAUCCGUCGUGAUAAAUUACAUUAGGGGGAGAAAGGGUAUAGGUGACGCUCAAAAGCGCUUGUCUGAACUGCUGUAAUUUGCCUACUGCAUUGCCGGGUAUAAAUACAGUGCGCAGGUUGUCGAUCAUCACAACUUGUAGUGACUUGAAGCUAAGAUGGCAAUGGUAGCUAUCGUGUGUUUACUGAUGACUGUAACCGUGACGGUAUUGUGUGCAGAGAUACCGCCAGCUCUUGAAAUGCGGCAUACGAGUCGCGGUGACUUCAUCAUUGGGGGUAUCUACCCGUUCCGCUCGUCGGGUACAGCCGAGCCUUGUACCUCUGUCCCAAGCAGAUGGGCGGUGGAAAUGUCCCAGACCAUGAUCUUCGCCAUACAAGAGAUCAACAGCGACCCGUCUCUUCUGUCUGGGUGCAGGCUUGGAUACGACAUCCGAGAUGACUGUCGGUCCGAGGAGUUCACCCUCUACACCACCACCUCGCUGGCGACGGGGCGGCAACCUCUCGGGGCGGUUGUACCAGCGGUUGGGAUACCGGUCGGCAUGAUCGGCCCCGAGUCUAGCGUCCACGCCAUCUACGCCGGGAAAGUGGCAAGCCUGUACCAGAUCCCGAUCAUAUCCUACUCGGCCACCAGCGACGAGCUGAGCAACAAGGAGAGGUUCCCUUACUUUCUGAGGACCGUCCCUCCAGACGAGCUGCAAGCCCGAGCGAUCGUCGACAUCCUGCUGCACCACGAUUGGCGCUACGUCGGGUUGCUGUACUCGGCCGACACGUACGGCAUCCACGGCUCGCUGGAGGUCGCGAAGCUGGCUGAACGGAACAACAUUUGCGUGGCUUUCUCCAUUGCGAUACGAGAGGAACCGGAACCAAACGAGAUUGAGGACAUUGUCGCCAGAGUCGGCUCCUUUCGACACGCCACGGUUUUCGUGGUGUUCAGUUUUAAUCGGCACAUGUACGACGUUCUGAGAGCCAUUCACGUUGCCUAUCCCGGGCGAAAACUCGUCUGUAUCGGUAGCGAUGGGUUCAGUGGAUAUGGAUUUCUUGAGUAUCCGAGUUUGGCAAACGUCACACGAGGCAGCUUCUUCGUCAGACUGACACAGAACACAGUCCCCAACGUGGAAAAAUACAUUCGAAGCCUAGGAAAGGGAGACAUCGACGAGAAAGAGGUCACUCCGUGGAUGUCGGAGUACAUUGAUGAAUGGCGUGCCCAUUACAAUUGCUCCAACAUGACAUUGUGUCCAAUACCAUUUGGCGACACACAAAGCAAUGUGUACUUGGCGGUCUACGCCUAUGCACACGCGCUGCACAAUUUCCACCAGUCACGCCAGAGCAACGGAAGCUGCUUCAACAUCACUGGUCAGAUGUUGCUGCCGUAUCUUUUGAAUGGUUCAUUCGAAAGCGAAGCAGGUCACGUCGACUUUGACUCGAACGGUAACUCCGGAGGCAGGUACCGGUUAAAUCAAAUGCAGCUGUCACCGGACGGGCAGUUUGAGCGAGUUGGCGUUGGGUUCUGGGAGUCGCACCGGGUCGGCAACGGGCUGGAUUUAACUCCAGACGCCGUGCGUUGGCCGCUCGGGAGUCCCCAGCCUCCGAUGUCCCUUUGCAUGGAGCGGUGUCACCCUGGGUUCAUCGUUGUUCCCUUGGAACAAAAAUGCUGCUGGGGUUGUCGGGAGUGCCCGGUCAACGCCAUCGUGGUCAACGACUCUCGGUGUCAAACAUGCCGCGCUGCCCUCUGGCCGGACUCAAACCGAUCGGCGUGCGAGGCAAUACACCCAACCUCCGUGGAUCUGAACAGCGGGGCAAGCAUCGUCUUGCUGUCCGUGUCAGCAUGCGGGAUCCUCUCCUGUGUCCUAACAGCUGCUGGGCUGUAUCACCACCGCGGGCACGCCUUGAUAAAAGCCACCAGUCGAGAGCUAAGCUGCAUCAACAUCCUGGGCCUGACGGCUGCCUUCGCCAGCGUCUACUUCCUCCUAGCUCGCCCCUCGGCCGCGAGCUGCCUCAUGGCAGAGGCAGCCAUCUCGCUGAGCUUCACGCUGAUCUACGCACCGACGCUGCUGAAGGUGAACCGAAUCUUUCGCAUAUUUCAGUCCAGUCGGAGGUCCGUUCGCCGUCCUCGAUUUGUUGGUCCCAAGCACCAGAUGAUGCUAGCUUUCGUCUUUAUUCUCAUACAGGUGUUCGCGAGUAUCAUGUCGGCAUCGGUCGCCCCCUCCCAACCGACAAUACUUCUCCCGCCCGAUGUACGUAAAUACGUCGAACUUUACUGCUCGUUCGGCGAAGGGUUCACCGCAAGCAUCGCCUACAACGCGGCCAUCAUUCUGGCUUGCUGUUUCUACGCCUUCAAGACCCGUAAGGUUCCCAGCAACUACAACGAAUCCAAGUUCAUAGCCGUGAGCGUCUAUUCCACCCUGGUCUUGUUCCUAGCCGUCAUACCGGUGUACACAACGGCCCUGCAGGUACUCCAGAAAGUGGCCACUCUCUCGGCUGCUCUGCAGAUGAACGCAAGUCUGACGCUGGCGCUGGUGUAUUUGCCCAAAUUGUACGGGAUCCACUUUGCGCACGAGUUGAACGUGCAAGAAUGGCGCACGACGACGGCGGGAAACCAGAUCGGCUCUGUGAGUGGGACAGUCAACCAGAUGAAGCCUGACUCCGCGAGUGACUUGACCAAGCAAACCAACGAAUGCGCGGGUACCAGCUCCAAUGGCGGGCCAAUGUGACUGAAGAUCUGAGUAAAAGAAUCAGCGUGUAUAGUCGAGAAUCUUUAAGAGAGCAGGCUAGCCUGCUAGCUCGCCUGCAAG